AUGGGGUGGGUAGGAGGCGGCGGUGGUGGCGGUGGUUCUGCGUUCCUCGGGCCUUCCCGCUGUCUUGGAGACAGCGCAGCUGUCGAUCCAGGGGCGCUCAGUGAUAAAGCAAUUUCAGCAAGAGGACGAAGACACAGGCUUUAUUUUCUACCUCUGGCUACAAGCUAUCAGACAUUUGAAAAACGAGACAUCUUUACUAGGAAGAGAACGGAAAAGAGACGCAACUCAGGCUAUCAGGAUUUCUCAAGUGCUUCUGCAAUGCUGCUCCGCUCAGGCCGCAGAAAGCCAUAUGAAGUGUCUCUCCAUAAAAGGCACCCUGUUAAGGGUAAAUCUCUGCUCAGAACUGUGAAAAAAACUUCCGGAAAUUCAGAUCCAAUUUUCAAAGUGCAAAAUUGGGAAACAGGGUUUAGUCUGCGAAAAACACUGAAAUGCUAUAUACUGACUGAAGAUUCAAAAACAGUGCAUUUUGACAUAGAUGAAGAUGGUCAUCACGAAAUAUCAACCAAGGAUUCACAAUCCCAUGAAGAUAUUGCGUGGUUAAGCGUGUUCACAAGGAAUGAACCAGCAGUAACUGAUUCUAAAAAUUUGGUGAUCCUCACGCAGAGGUCAAAACUUAAUGAAUUUGUCCUGUUGUGCAAGGGUCAGAAACAGCUAUCUCUGAAGGUCUUAAAAACAUCCUGUUCAGAGCCAGAUUAUCCUUCAGUGGAAAGAUGCAACAUGAAAACAUGUGAGCAUGAAGAUCCUGACUUCAAACAGCUGAGUGAAGAUAAUCACUUCUUCAUCAUGCAUUACCAAGGAGACUCAGUACAGUUCCAGUGCUAUGAAGACAGAAGUUACUACUUGUAUGUGAAUGACGACUCACUCGAUAUUCGCAAGCCGGAAAAUAAAGAACCCAACGAGGACAAAAAUUUUUACUUUAGGGUGUCAUAUUUACAGGAAAAGUAACUUGUCUACCUUUCAGUGGCCUAAGUGUCCAUACAGCUAAUGGAAGAGAAGGAACAUUGAGAUCAACUUAUUUCCAUUUUGGUUUUUUUUGUUGUUUUUUUUUUUAAUUUCUUAAGUCACCAUUUUGCAUGAGUAACAUCCUUUCUUUCUGUACUUUCAACAGGACAAGAGAAAGGCUAAGUUUGAAAAGCAUACUAACUGAUCAGUCUUUUUAUGUCUUACCCGCACAAGUAUGGUUUUAAGGACCUGAAUUCUUCUGGAAGGGGAAAAAUACACAGGGGAUAUUUGAAUAUAGGGGAUAAAGAAGGAAGAAUACGUGGAUGUGAAAUACAAAGCACAGUUAGUUUUUCGUGUGGUAAACUUUUUAAAAAAUGUCUCUUACGAGAAGAAAACAUGUAGAAGUUAUUAAAUGCAUAUGUGCAUGUCCUGACUGACUGACUGACUUUGGGAAAGCAGCGGAAAGGGUGUCUCAGGUCUAACCGAGAAUGAAAGAAGCGGCUGAAGAUUAGUCAGACGAUCUCUCUGCCCCUGCAGCUCCCAGUCAGACUAUAUACUCCAUUAUGCAAUUUCAGCAUCCACCCAUCACGGCAGCUCUCUAAGAAAAUGUACUCGGAGCGUGAGAGUCACAAAUGCCGGCAGAGGAAGGGCGACACACUGAACUGACGGGGCGUUAACAGAUGCCAGCGAACACCGGCAGAAAAUUACCCUGACAUAUCGGCUUCCACCUCUGAAUCACAGAAGGAAAUGCAAUCAUGUGUUCAGCUGCAAAGCAGAGUGCAGAACAACAUCUGAAAAAUAAUUAAAUGUUCAAAAUGACUGAAUGAAAUAAACACUAGGUGCUUACGUCAAGCAAGAUGGAGGGGCAGUGAGAGUACCCACCUUUUAGCAACAGGGUCUGUCAGUGGGAAAUGAAAUAUGCUCACACUUAAAAGUCCACAGACCGUACUCUGCAAGGCACAAAACACUUGAAAUACAAGGGGAGACAAACCAAAAUUGUACACAGGACCACUAGGUGUUAAAGAUCUGUUUCUCUACUGCUGCGCAUGGAGUCCCACUGUGAUUUAGUGGCAAUUUUCACUGAUGCAAGUCAUUUGGGCACGUAUGCGUAUAAAUGAUACCUAUGCCAAGAGAUUAUCACUUAGUUGCAGUGGAACAACCUACAAGCUACAUAGCACCUGUAGGAAUUGUUCUGUGCAAGUAUAAUAAACAAUGCAUACCUGAAAUAAGAAUCCUAACGUCAGUCAAUCACGCCAAUGCACACUAGAGUAAGGCAAUUAUCUAUAGUAGACCAAACUCCAAAGGUCUGAGAGACCUUAGAAGAUUCUUUUUCCCCCUACUGUCAGUGUGGAGUUUCACUGCUGGGCUUGGUGUAUUAUUCAAGUAGUGAAAAUCAUUCUGUUGCUUCCAAUGCUGACUGAACAGAAGAGAGCUUUUGAGUAUUCCCUAAAUAAUAUUUACAACUUCUGGAUCUGUUAAGAGUUCAGUGAAGUCAGUAGGAGGAAAAAUGUCCCAAACUCUAGAUAUUGACUUCAGCAUAUAUUACACUAGAAUUAAAGUAUUUUAGCACUAUCUAUUAUGUUGCACAAGAAAUAAAUGCAAUUAUUUAUCAACUACAAUAAUUUCACUAACUGAUACACUAACACUUCAUAACCAUACAUUAUUAUUGGCAAUGUGAUCACCUUACUAAAUUACUGAACAUCCUCUCUAGAUGGUAUGUUGAUGAAACAACAACAACAACAACUCAUCAUAAAUCUCAUACAAAGCACACUAAUGAAAUCAGCAUUGCUGUGUCAGCAAAAAAGUAAUUUUGAAUUUUGAAUCUAUUUUAUCAUUAAAACUUAAAUUACAGUUAUAUGCAGAAUUUUGUACUUUUACCAUCUACCUUAAAAAUCAGAUUUUUUUUUAAAUUUUAAGGACAAAAGCUCUUAUGGAAAGCAGCAGUGGUAUCUUUGUAAAGUUUUAGAUUUGAGAUAUAAGAUAAAAAUGUUAUUUGACAAUAUUUCUCAGAAAACACAAUAAAUUCAGCCAGCUUUGUAACUAUAAAUGUUCAUAGAAAAACAAGUUUACAAUUUCUGGAUCCUAAUCUUUCCUGGAUUUCUAUUUUGCUCAUACAAACUCUUCAAACUGACACUUUCAAAUUCCCACUAAUCUGAGUGUCUCAUAAGUGGCAGAUAAGGUUUUAUUUUGUGAGGUGGAAAGCAUGUAGAAAUUUUAUUGAAAAAUAGGAAAUUAAAGUCAGUGAGUCUUUUAGAAAAAUAUAGCCUCUAACAC